GACAUUCUUCCCGUUAUUUUCGUCAACUGUUAUGUUCUAGUCGUUCUUGUACACUGUUUAAUUCCUUUAUAACUAAAAUUUUACCAUUCAUUUGCAGCCAUAUCGUUGGAAAAGGUAGGAUUAUAACCUGUCGUUUACAGUGAGUGUGAGGCGCAUAGGCCUACGUCAGUACGUGUACAUAUUGAUGAGAAUCAUUGUAGAGGAUCGUCGGUUGUUCUGAUUGCACAGGAAACAAGCUCAGUGUCAACAUGGAUGCUCUUUUCGGGCAGCGCAAGAUUAAGUUGUCAGCUCUGACUGACUUCUCACAGUUGAACAAGUCUACACGCACACAUCUGAAGAAUGUCUACAGCUGCUUGGCCAUUUCCAUGUUGGCCGCAGCAGCUGGCGCCUACAUACAUCUCUUCACUGGAAUCUUACAGGCUGGUUUCUUGACAUCCAUUGCUGGCCUGGGACUGCUGAUCUGGUUGGGCGUGACCAAAGAUGACGGCACCAAUCAGGCCAAACGUCUAGGGCUCCUCUCUGGAUUCGCCUUCUUCACAGGUCUUAGCCUGGGACCUCUGCUGAACAUUGUAGCGAGGAUUGACAUCCAGAUCAUCCCAACUGCCUUCUUGGCCACCUGUGUCAUCUUUGGAUGUUUCUCAGUGGCUGCUCUGUGGUCUGAGCGACGCAGCUUCUUUUUCCUGGGAGGCAUGCUGUUCUCUGGCCUGUCCAUCCUGAUGUUGAUGUCACUCCUCAACAUCUUCAUUGGAUCUGCUCUCAUCUUCAGAGUUGAGAUGUACCUGUGCCUGGCUGUCUUCAUGGGCUUUGUGCUGUUUGACACCCAGCUCAUCGUGGAGAAAUGCAACAAUGGCGACAAAGACUACAUCUGGCACAGCGUGGAUCUCUUUCUGGACUUCAUCAACAUUUUCCGCCAGCUGAUGAUCAUCAUGGCCAUGAACAGCAACGGCAAGGACAAGCGUAAGAAGUAGAGUGCCUUACUUGUUAUCUUCACAACAGAUGUAUGUUCUACCUGCUUCAGUUAUCAUCACUUAAAUCUGUGGAAGUAAAAAAAAAAGUUUAGUUCAGUAAUUUGUUUUAAAUAUUGAUACUUGAUUGUUCACAUUUUCUGUAAUCGGCCCAUUAUGAUCAAUAGUUGAAUUUACAUUUACACGGGUGAUCAUUUAAACAAGUAGUAGAUAUAGUACGGUGUAAUGGCAAACUUAAAGGAUUUUCUUUAUUCAAGAGUUGUAAGAAAGUCUUUGACGGUCAGUCUCAAGUCCCAAGCUACAAGAAUCUAUUUGAUCUGAGAGAGAGGCAUAGUUUUUAAACCUUUGGCAGUGGUGGCCACCUGUUUCUUUUGAACUUACUUGAGAUUUUUGAUCACAACUCUGAUAUUUUCUCCUUUAUUUGGGCACUUCAUACAGUUUCUUUUGUUUUGAUUAUGUUAAUGUUUAAAUUGAUAUUUGGUGACGUAUGUACAUGUAUGGCGGUGUUUUGUUUUCACACUGUACAAGUUUGAACAAGUUAUUAAGUAUGUAUCUUAAUGUGACAGCAAUUAAUUGGCAAACUAUUUAGACUCUUGCAAGAUCUUAGAAAAUAGUUUCUUUUUUCCUAUGGGCUAAAGUUUAUCAUCGUAAACAGAAUUUUCUUUAAUGUUUCUGCAAUGCAGGUGUACACAUUUAAAAUAAAAACGACAAAGAUUGAAGUAAUUGUGGCAAACUUAGUAUGAAGGUUACAGCAGUAAUGUUUAAUAGAUAUGCUGUUAUUUGUGACUGACCCUCACAAAAUGUGCUGAAGUCACAUUUAAGUAAAAGCUUGCAAGAGAAGUUUGAACAGUGCCAAUAGGAAAUAACAUUUUUCACCCACAAAAAUGUCCAUUUUCAUCAGGAUGGCCAACAUCAACAUCUUUGUCAUGCAAACUGAAACAAACUUAACCCCAACAGGGCUAAAACCUCCGAUUUCAGUAUGAUUUUACAAUCACACACCCUAAAGAGUUUGCGUUAAUGAAAAAAGGCCUCUAGAGUCAUUUUGUGGGAUCUUGUUCCAUUUUUAUAACUACUUGUUCUCACAAUUUGGGGAAAGGAUGGUAUUGAUUGUUUUGUUGUGUGAAUCCAUGGUGACACGGAAGGCUAUGUAUGGUGCGCACUUUGUACAAAUUUGAAUGUUUUAAUUAUCUCAUUGUAGUAUAAAUUCAGGCUUACAUUUUCAAAUUCAAAGUGAAAUAGUCCGAGUAAUUUCGUCAGAUGUUGAUGUGAAGAUCACCUGGGUAACUUAAAUAGCUGGAGGAAAGGAUUCUUCUGAUUAUCUUAGUUCAGGGAGGGAAUUGGUCGAUGAAUUCAUAUUCACUGUGUGUCAGUACACUGCUCAUGCUGUGAAGAACUACAUUCAACCUGAGCUCAAAGCGGCAAGGAAGUUGUAAUUGCAUUUCAUUGCAAUCAAGAUUUGCUGAUAAUUGCUAUUGUUAUACAUUGUAUUUGGAUUUAAAUAUCUGUACUCGGUGGACGAACCUUUUUUCUGUAGUAUACACAGUGAUCUUGUAUCACUUGGGCAGUUUGUAUGCUAGCAUACUUUCUUGAUGUGACUGUCUUAUUGGCUAUUUAGAUAUUUAGAAGCUUUUGCAACCAAAUUUUUGGCGUGUGUGGAUUUAUAUACAGCAUGAAAUUGUGAGCAGCGUAAAAUGUUCGUUUAUAAAUCAGGUUCGGACGGAGGCAACAUUAUUUGGCAAGCAAGGGAUCAGCCGAGGUCAAGUGUCCGAACAGCUUCGGCAACUCACGAGUCGGAUGCAUUGAUGAAAAAUGAAAUCGCCAGGUGUUUGGACUGUAACCUGGAAUCUCGGCAGUCUGCUCGAGUCGGCCGACUGACUCAGAGAUGGUCGAAUUCAGGGGCUUGCAGAUUGCACCUUCGUUGCAGUGACAUUUUGACUUUCUGCAGUGUUUCAACUAAUUAUUGCAAAUAAAGGCAGAAUUGGUAAUGGCGAAUGAUG